CGGCUCCCGGGGGAGGAGUCUGGCUGUGGUCGGGCCCUGAGGAGCGUGCGGCGGCGCCCGCAGAGGACGCUGCUUUCCGCUCAGGACGGGCCGACAGAGGGAGGGCGCGAGGGGAAGCCGGAAGGAAGACGAGGCGGCGGCGUCAGGCUUCCUCGGGGGAGGCGGAGGCGAGACCCCGGCCCUGGCCUGGGCGGGAGGGCCACGCCCCCGCCGCCGCGCCCGAGGGGCCCAGUGUUUUCGGGGUCGCCGGCCGCACCGGAUCCCAAUCUUCCGGACCUGGGGACACGGUUACUCCAGAGGAUUCGCAGAACAUAGGAUGUUACUGCAAAAUCUACCUCGUGUGUUACUCUCUUUAACUCAUGAGCUGCACAAUUGCAAAUUUGAGCAAGACGGCUGCAGACUGUGUUGAAGAACUGAAGAACCUAAUUAACACAGGAUGACCUAGGAGUGAUUCUAAGUGUAUAACAAGAUACUCACUAGUGAAUGUGAGAUAUUAAUGGAAUACAGUCAUGUCCACUCAAGACGAGAGGCAGAUCAAUACUGAAUAUGCUGUGUCCUUGUUGGAACAGUUAAAACUGUUUUAUGAACAGCAGUUGUUUACUGACAUAGUGUUAAUUGUUGAGGGCACUGAAUUCCCUUGUCAUAAGAUGGUUCUUGCAACAUGUAGCUCUUAUUUUAGGGCCAUGUUCAUGAGUGGACUCAGUGAAAGCAAACAGACACAUGUGCACCUGAGGAAUGUGGAUGCAGCCACCUUACAGAUAAUAAUCGCUUACGCAUACACGGGUAACUUGGCAAUAAAUGACAGCACUGUAGAACAGCUUUAUGAAACCGCUUGCUUCCUGCAGGUAGAAGAUGUAUUACAGCGUUGUCGAGAAUACUUAAUUAAAAAAAUAAAUGCAGAGAAUUGCGUGCGAUUGUUGAGUUUUGCUGAUCUGUUCAGUUGUGAGGAAUUAAAACAAAGUGCUAAAAGAAUGGUGGAGCACAAGUUCACUGCUGUGUAUCACCAGGAAGCGUUCAUGCAGCUGUCACAUGACCUACUGAUAGACAUCCUCAGUAGUGACAAUUUAAAUGUUGAAAAGGAGGAGACGGUUCGCGAAGCUGCUAUGCUGUGGCUAGAGUACAACACAGAAUCACGAUCCCAGUAUUUGUCUUCAGUUCUUAGCCAAAUCAGAAUUGAUGCACUUUCCGAAGUAACACAGAGAGCUUGGUUUCAAGGCCUGCCGCCCAAUGACAAGUCUGUAGUGGUUCAAGGUCUGUAUAAGUCUAUGCCCAAGUUUUUCAAACCAAGACUUGGAAUGACUAAAGAGGAGAUGAUGAUUUUCAUUGAAGCAUCUUCAGAAAAUCCUUGUAGUCUUUACUCUUCUGUCUGUUACAGCCCCCAAGCAGAAAAAGUUUACAAGCUGUGUAGCCCACCAGCCGAUUUGCAUAAGGUUGGGACUGUUGUAACUCCUGAUAAUGACAUCUAUAUAGCAGGGGGUCAAGUUCCUCUGAAAAACACAAAAACAAAUCACAGUAAAACAAGCAAACUUCAGACUGCCUUCAGAACUGUGAAUUGCUUUUAUUGGUUUGAUGCACAGCAAAAUACCUGGUUUCCAAAGACCCCGAUGCUUUUUGUCCGUAUAAAGCCAUCUCUGGUUUGCUGUGAAGGCUAUAUCUAUGCAAUUGGAGGAGACAGUGUAGGUGGAGAACUCAAUCGGAGGACCGUGGAAAGAUACGAUACUGAGAAGGAUGAGUGGACAAUGGUAAGCCCUCUGCCUUGUGCGUGGCAGUGGAGUGCGGCAGUUGUGGUUCACGACUGCAUUUAUGUGAUGACGCUGAACCUCAUGUACUGUUACUUUCCCAGGUCUGAUUCAUGGGUAGAAAUGGCCAUGAGACAGACUAGCAGGUCUUUUGCUUCGGCUGCGGCUUUUGGUGAUAAAAUUUUCUAUAUUGGAGGGUUGCACAUUGCUACCAAUUCUGGCAUAAGGCUCCCCUCUGGCACUGUAGAUGGGUCUUCAGUAACUGUGGAGAUUUACGAUGUGAACAAAAAUGAGUGGAAAAUGGCAGCCAACAUCCCUGCUAAGAGGUACUCAGACCCCUGUGUUAGAGCUGUUGUGAUCUCAAAUUCUCUCUGUGUGUUUAUGCGAGAAACCCACUUAAACGAGAGAGCUAAGUAUGUCACCUACCAGUAUGAUCUGGAACUUGACCGGUGGUCUCUGCGGCAGCAUAUAUCUGAGCGUGUACUGUGGGACUUAGGGAGAGAUUUUCGGUGCACUGUGGGGAAACUGUAUCCAUCCUGCCUUGAAGAAUCUCCAUGGAAACCACCAACUUACCUUUUUUCACCGGAUGGGACCGAGGAGUUUGAACUGGAUGGAGAAAUGGUUGCACUACCACCUGUAUAGCCGGCGAGUUGAGGGAGUGCACGCCUGAUGUCUGUGCUUUGUCAUUUUCUUUGCUAAACAGGAGAGGCUAUGAAAGGACUAAAUAUGAGUACAUAAAAGUCUAUCUUUGAUAAAUUUUAUUUUUAUGCCCUACUUAAUAUUUGCAUCAGUAUAAUAUAUAUCCGUGAGUCUUACAGAAAGAUAUGCUUCCGUAAUAUGAAAUAGAUUAUCCAAUAAUUGAGAAACUUCUACGUGUAUCAUGAGAGCAUAAGAAUCUGGAUUAUCUAAUAACAUUGUUAGCCCUGUGUUAUGUACAGUUCAAAAAGUUCACUUAUUAAAGUAGUUUCCUGUUCCUAGUGUGGUAUAUCACAAAUUGUGCCGAGGUUAUUUUAGUAUAUGUAUUUCAUUCCCAUGCUUCUGUUCUAAAGUCCUAGAAUACUUUUUUUUUCAGUGUAAUUAAUUCCGCUGCGCUUGACACUAGUGUCCAUGUUGGUACAGAAAUGUUGUCAAAAUCCUGUACUAUAGUUGAGGAAGAUCUUCCAUUUUAUGGUAUUGCACAGGGAAAGCUAUGACUGCAGGAUCAGUCUAACUAUACUAUUAGGUGCAUGUAUUCUCUCUUCACUAACUUAUACUUGUCUAUCUAGAAUACAGGUCUUCCAGUUAGCUGGUCAUUUACCAGGUGUGGACUUAAGUUGCUGGGCUUGCACUAAGAAUUGCUAGUCCCUCGUUGUGCGGGUCUGUGUGGAGCUUUAAUCAGUAAAUGCCUCCACUUGAUUACAUUAACAUUGGCUCAUGCAUAUAACUACCUGCUGCUGUUGUAUUUCUCCAUCUUAAAGAUUUAGAGUGGGUUAACCAGGUCAUUACAUCCUAAUUUAAUAACAAGCAUUACUGUAGAGUGACUGUGUAUAGUUACCCAUUAGCUGUCAGGGUGUGCGUGUGGUUUUUUUUAACCCGUUGUGUGCGUGUGUGGGGGGGUAGGAGUAGAAAGGUGAACUGUUCAGGAAUUCUCUGCACUAGCCGUGCAGAUGAGCAGGUAACUAGUGCUGCUCUGGCAUUAAUCCCAGGAACCACUAGCAGUAGCGGGGCGCCGCCAGUCUAACGUGAGCACAGGUGCUUCAUGACAAACCUUACUAGCAUGUUCAACUGCAUCAUGUUCUGGCACUGUAUUUUGAAUGACAUUAAUUUAUUAAAUAAAUUGUAUAUAUUCGAUA